CGCCCGCCCCGCACUUGUGACGACAGAGGCCGGCGCCCGGGCCGCACAUGCGCAGGCCGCGCGUACGGACCGGGCGCGGCGGCUAUGGAGGCGCGGGGCUCGGCGGGCGGCGGGAGGCCCGUGAAAGGCAUCCUGAAGAACCGCUCCGGCAGCGGCUGCGGCAGCGGCAGCGGGCGGGGCCUCGCGGACCCCGAGGCGCUCUCGCAGGCCUCGCCGCUGCCCCCCGCCGGGGGACGCCUGCAAGCGCAGCCGAGCUGCGAGAGCCGCGGCGAGGAGAAGAAGACGCAGAAGUGGGACGAGAUGAACAUCCUGGCCACCUACCACCCGCCCGGGAAGGACUAUGGGCUGAUGAAGAUCGACGAGCCCAGCACGCCCUACCACAGCCUGAAGGAGGAGGAUGCCGGCAGCGAUGCUGAGGAUAGCCCGGUCCCCACAGCGGACAUCCUGGCCAAAAAGUUGGCGGCCGCAGCACAAGGACAAGGCCCCAAAAUCCUUGCAAGGCAGGAGGACAGCAGUGAGGAGGAGGAGGAGGAGGAUGACGAGGUAGACCUGACUCCGGAAGAAUUGGAGAAAAAGAGGCAGUUUGAAAUGAAGAGGAAGAUGCAUUACAACGAGGCGCAGAACAUCAAGCUGGCCAGACAGUUGAUCGCAAAGGAAAUGCACGGCGAGGCUGCCGAGGAGGAAGAUUGUGAGGAGGAGGAAGACGAUGAGGAUGAGAUGCAGGAUGAGCGUAAAACGAGCACAGAAUCAGUACCUGCUUCUAGUGACCCGCUUGAGAACAUGGCACACAGCCUAGAAGAAGUCUGCUCAGGACUGUAAUAGCUCCCAACGUCACUCUUUUGUAUUCCUUGCCACAUCACCCUUCUGCAGGUCUGUUUCAACAGGUUGGCUUGCACUUUGAUAUUUGACAAAAACAGUGGUGAUCUCAAGGUUUUCUGUUUGGCAGUGAAAAUGUUGCUGAUGUGGCUGGUUCUGGUGGUCACAGAAGAAGGUUUCGUUGCUCAUCUGCCGAAGAACACAGCGUGGGGUAGCGCCAGUGAACCAGACCCUUCGGUGUCACCCCUUUCCCUGGUCUGAACCUCUGGACAAUUACCUCUUUUAUCGUGCUGUAGUAUUUGAGUACACACAAAUAUCCCCAUAAGGGCUUGAUGUUAAUGUGCCAUACUGCAGCCAGGAAAAGAAGGAGCCUCUUGGCAACUGACGAGGCCUUUUGCAAAAAGGGAUGAACGGGAGAGAGUUUUUAUAGCCUUUUCCCUUCCCCUCCUGCAGACUUUAUCCAGCCAGUUCUGAGAGGCAGGCGAGAGGGAAAGAGCAGCUGGGUGUGGCUUCCCCAGCUGCCUGUUCAGAGGUGGGAGUCGAUCAGCCUGCCUCAGUAGCUGCUGUACCUUUUUGGCCAGGAUUGGGAACACCACAAUAUGGGGUUCUUUCCUCCAUCACUCUGCUUCUCAGGGUGCCUUCCCACCUGGUCGGAGGCUGCCAGCCUCUAGAAAAUAAAAGUUAAGUGACAGCACCCGGCAGCCAGAGAGCGCCUCUUGAGACCCCGGUGUGGCCCAUACAGAAUGCACAGCCACCUGCUUUUGUUUCUUAACUAGAAGAGGCAGCGUUCCCACAGCCCCAUGUUAUCCUGUAGUUUUUUUGCGGUAACCUCUGCAUUCUCCGUGUCAUGAAUGAAACUGAAUCAAACAGUUGUUUUGUAGUUUGACUGGCCUGUGUGAUUUUCUUAAGACUUGGGCUUUUUAAGCCUCGGAAGUGGGAGGGGCAUCUGUUGGUCAGCUAAUGUUUGUAAAAUUAUUUCGAAUGUUCUAAUAAGCUGAAGUUGCCUAGAAAAUACCCAGGUUGUGCUACUGAAUUUGCUCCUUCACUUCUGGAUUCCAUUUCACUGGCUUGUUUCCUCCAUGUAACUGUUUUAUUAAAGUAAAGAAACCACUAA